CACACCUGCGUGUGUGGGAGAAAGCGAGCGAGGAAGAAACGCUAGCUGAUAAGAGAGUGGAAAAAAUGAAAAAGAUAAGCCCCAGCUCCCGUUACUGAGACUUCAGGAGAUGUUCAGGCGAUGGAUACAUUGGCUGUCUCCUCUGGAAAGGACUUCACUGACCAUUCUUCUGACAGUCUUCUGGAACCAUCAGAAGAUCCAGACUCAUCCUUGGCUGAAGAACCAUCUUCUAAUAUCAACCCUCCCUGUCGUUUUUUCUUGGAGGGGCGCUGCCAUUUUGGUGCCCGCUGCCAAAACUAUCAUCCUGGCGAUGUUGGUGAGGUUCACCAUUUAAAAGAUCUUGGACCUGUCCAUGUUCCUCCCUUGCAGCUCACAGAAGGUAAGAAACCUGCCAUGAAAACAGCUGAGGAUGUCAUUUCCCGACUCCUCUGGGAUACACAGGUACCUGCUGAAUGGUUUUCUAUCGGCUACCUUGACCGGUUCCUGGGGAUCUUGGAGGAAUCUUUUACUUCUUUCUCGUGGGAGGAUCUAGCUUCAGUUGGUCCUGGUGUACUGGCUAUCCCUAAACAUAGGAUCCAAUAUUUUAAAUACAGAGACCGUGUAGUUUGGGACAAAGUCAGUCGCACCGAUGACGUUUUUGGGUCGACUGGAGGUGGGAAAACCAUCUUAGAAGUGAUGAAGGAAGAAGACACCCGAGCUAAGAAGGAACUAUCGGGUCUUCCAAAUAGCCUCCAAGUUGAAGAAGGGGCAGUUGGGGAUUCAACCAAGGAUGAAGAGUUGAACGAGAUAAGUAGUGGACCGAAGUUAACGAUGGCUUUGGGCAAAGCGGGGGAUAAUUUGGAGUUGGUUGAAGACAUUUCCACUAACCAAGAAGGAAACUUGGUCAGCAAAGAAAAGGAAAGAGUGAUAGUCGGCUCAGUUAAGUGUGAAGAAUUCAAACAUGCUUGUGCUGUCGGAAUAGAAAAUGAACCGGUGGUGGCGAAGAGAGAAAACGUGGAUUUGGAAAAGGGGGGAAGGAGGAGCUUCUCCUAUCCGAAGGAGCGCCCCACCCAUUUCAUAGCUAUCCCAAUCACCAGCCCAGAAAUCUGGGAAGCUGUGAAACAUUUCCAGGAGGCCCUAUGUGCUGUCAGCUCAGAUUACGCUCCCUUCUGUGUGCCCAGAGCUACACUGCAUAUUACGCUUUGCCUGUUGCACUUGGAAACCCCUGAAGAAAUACACAAAGCGAUGAUGGCUCUGAAAGAACUUCAGGCUGGUUUUCAGCGACUGCUGCCCCCGGUCCUGCUUCUCUCCUUCCGUAACGCGGAGUCUUUUAAUUCACGGGUUUUGUACUUGACACCAGACCCUGUACCCCAACUGGGAGCCCUGGCUCAGAGUCUGGAAGACACUUUUACGAAAAAGGACUUGACCGUGAUUUGCCCUCCCUCCAAAGGGAAGUUCCAUUUGACCAUCGUGAAAAUUCCUCCUAGGAAGGGAAUGCCACAGCUCCCAUCAGGUUUGGCUUGGGCUCCUACGAUUGAGGAUUUAGGAGUCCAGGCAGUAGAAUCCAUAGGUUUCUAUGAGGUAGGAAAAGGCAAAAGAACUGAUAAUGUGUACGUCAGCAUACUGAAAUUGGAUUUAUAUGGAGGAAGUGGAACUUAGUGGGAGAUCCCUUCCAAGUGCACAACAGUUGGGCAACUUGAAAUUGUAUGAACUUCAACUCCCAGAAUUCCCCAGCAGCAUCGGUUUGGAGCACUUUAAGUAAACUCUAAUGGGAAAGAUGAUCAAAAUGGGGCAGAGAAAAUAAGAACAGGAACAUUGCAAUAACGAUUAUAUAUUUUUGCCUUACUUGAUUUAAAUAGAUUAAUAAUAAAAGCAAGGCAUUUUUACAAUCCCUUUUCAGAUACUUUAAAAUAGCGUUAUAGGUGUGCUGCAUUUUUAGACUCCUUUGUAUUGAUGGUAGAAAUGAAGGGGGACUACAUCUUUUUCUGGAAUUGUGCAAUUGCUGUCCACAGAUGAUCCUACAAAAGGACAUUCUGCUUUAAGGUGUUGCAAAGGGUUGACUGAAAUAUUGUCGCAUUUGUAUGCUCCAAGGCUGCUUCUGAUGAGUAAAUCCAAUAUGCUAAACCAACCCUGAAAAAAAGACCUUGAUGCAUAAAUGCUAUAAAAGGUGCUGCAAAGCGCUGACUGAAAUACGGGAAUUUUAUCUGUAUUAAACCAAAGUCCUUUGAGGUUGCAAAGAUGGAAGAGAAUAAAGAACAAUAUAAAGUAUGGUAACUAGCUGUCUUGUGUUCUCUUAAGUUUUGUUUUUUAAGGGACACUGAAAGCUAAUGUAUAGUCUCUUUUGCUUUGGCUUAGUGCUUCUGGUUCAGUCCCAACAGUCCGUGGUUGAGGGAAAAGGUACUCUUGCUUUGUUUAGUAUAACCAAAUUAAAUGUAAUUUUCAGUGGUUAAAAAAAUUGACACCAGUUGUAAUAAAGGCCUUUUCUAUUAAGAAACCUAUCUCCUGAUACAUGUAUUAAUGUUUGGGCCUGCAACAUACAUUCACCUUCGAAUCUGGAAGUGUUUCCAGGACUUUCAUCUAACAAAAAAAAAACAUUACUUGCCCUGUAGAUUAAAAAAUUAAGAUAUAAUCCUCUUAAUUGAUAGUAAGACUUCUCUGUCUUUGGCUUCAUGCCAUGCCUUCCAGUCAUACUUUUGGGGGACCACAGCUAGGUUACUUGGGCAGCCACUUACUAUCCACAGGUUAUCUAUCUCUUACAUAUACUUUGAAAAUAAUUGUCCCAUCUGAGCACUAGUUAUACACCUGCUUCCAUUACUAAGACCACUCCAUAUCAGAAGAUGUAGCUAUCUAUAAUAACCUUAU